CUGAGCAUAACCCAUUCCUUGGAUUAGAUGCAAUCCGCGACGCACGUCCCGUCGACGAGGAGGACGACGACAUGCCAGACCUUGAGUCCGACUCAUAUUCGGACGACGGUGACGAAACUUCGUCCACCGUAAGCGACUCUGCCACCAGCCGCGAGGAGAAUGAUGAGGAGGAACGCUUCUGGGCAGAGGAGCAGGUCCGCAGGGACUUCGAAGACGCUCCACGUCCGCUGCAGGCCACGGCCGAUCAGCCUCCAGUGCUGAACGUCGCGGCGCUGCGUUUUUUGCACUUCGUGCGGGAGGUGAACGGGCGCAUUGGCAUGGCCAACGCUGAUGUCAACCGGCUGCUGCAGUUGUUCAUGCACCCCGAGAUGGCCCAGCGUGUGCUCUCUGAGUACACCAAUGUCCGCGAGAUGGAAGCAUUCGAGCUGGAGCAACUCGAUGGCCUCGGGCGCGGAUGGUCCACUGUCACUUUCCAGGUCGAGGGCCAGCCGCCGCAGACCAUGCACCUCCGCGACGCCUCGCAAGCGUUUGCUGACAUCUACGGCAAUCCGAACAAUGCGGAGGGCUUCAUGCUUCGGCCACGGAUUGACAGCGACCCUGCCACUGGACAGCGGCAGUUUUCCACCCCAGACACGGGCACAUGGUGGCACGACGCUCAG